CAAAUACUAACUUGAUAUUAGGCUUAACUGGAAGACCCUGUGUAGUAAUAACAAUAUUGAUGUUUGCAUUAAAUUUUCAAGAAGUUUGUGAGUAUAUAGUGUGAUGAUGAUGGGAGAAGGAAAAGAGUAUCCAGUGAAAGUUGCCAUAAGAUCUCGACCUCUUUCUAUUGAAGAAGAGCAGACUGGAGCAAUAGGUUGCCUUGAAUUUAUUGAAGAUAAACCACAAAUCAUUGUUGCUUUUGAGAAGGGGUUUACAUUUGACUAUACUUUUGAUGCUGAAACAACACAAGAAGUUGUCUACAAGAGGUGUGCAGCACAUCUUAUUGACAAGUUUAUUGAAGGUUACAAUGCCACCAUAUUAGCAUAUGGACAAACUGGAUCUGGAAAAACCUACACAAUGGGUACUGAUUAUUAUCAUAAUAAUGUACUCAAUGAGCUAGAAACUCAAGGGAUUGUAUCACGAGCUCUCACAGACGUAUUUAAGAAGGUAAAGGAUGUGAAAGAUUCAAAAUGCCAGGUUGCAAUUUCCUUUUUGGAAAUUUAUAAUGAAGAAGUAUAUGAUUUGUUGAGCACAGUAAGACAGAGAAAACCUGUUCGCAUUCGAGAACCUGGUACUUCUGUGUUGACUCUUGGAUUGGAAGAAAUAGAAGUCUACAGUACUGAAGAUGCCCUUCGCUGUUUAAAGCAAGGUUGUGAAGCUCGGACCACAGGAGCAACAGCUAUGAAUGCCAAUUCCAGUAGAUCUCAUGCAAUUUUUACGGUGCACUUUAAACAGAUACUGGGAGACAGCCAUAAAAGGACUUCCAAACUCCAUUUGGUAGAUCUGGCUGGAUCUGAAACUGUGAGAAAAACCAAGUCACAAGGGGACAGAUUUAAAGAAGGUGUUAACAUAAACUUGGGUCUUCUUGCUUUGGGCAAUGUUAUCAGCAACCUUUGUGCUGAUGGAGGUCGAAAACAGAACUACAUUCCUUACAGGAACUCGGCUCUUACUAGGAUUUUAAAAGAUUCUCUCUGUGGAAACAGUUUUACUGUAAUGAUUGCUUGUGCCAGUCCUGCUGAUUCCAAUCUGGUGGAAACUGUAGACACAUUACGAUAUGCUGAUCGUGCAAGACAGAUUAAGAACAAACCUGUUAUUAACAAGUCCUUAAUUAAAGAUAACCCAUUAAAGAGAAAACUAGAGAUGAUUCCUCCAACCCCUGCCAUCUGGAGACGAGGGCCAGGUUUUAACAAUUCUGUUAAUACUCCUAUGUGUGUUCCAACUCCUUUGAAGCAACCAUGUCUUAACUCUACCAUUGGGACACCUUAUCAACCAAAGUCUUCUCGCCAAGAACAGAAAAUGUCAUUUCACACGAUUCCCUCGCCUCCUUCCACCAUUCCUCUGACUUUGGAGGCUGUUUCUGAAAACGUACAUGAUGGCACCUAUCCAGAAGAGAGCUUGGUGCACACAGCACCAGUUUCACCAGUUCUCAGCUGCAGUUGCAUUGCACCUCAGUUGAAUAUCACACAGAAUCCAGAUCGGUUUAGUCCCUUUGCGAGAAAACUGUACAAUGUUGUCGAAGAGAGCGUGAGUGAGAAACUUGAGGAACUAGAAGCACGUUUAAUAAAGAAACUUGGUGAGAGAACAAAAGUGCCUAAGGUCAUGGAGAAAAGGUGUUUAAAACCAUUGAAUCUGUCUCAAGAAACAGCAGUGCUCAGAAUCCAUAAAGAAGCUGAGGAAGCUCGAUUUUUUCCUUCUCCAUUCAAAGAUAGGAGUAAUGUUCUAAUCGAAGAAUCAUCAUCCCCAUUUCUCAAACCUAAGAAUCCUGCUCCAAAAAGAUUGGCAAAACUGAAUUCUGUGCUGCAGAAAGAAACUUUAAAGGAGAAUUCCCUGUUGUCGUUUUGUGUGUUUACUGGAUCACCAGACUUAAACAAUCCUAAUCUUCACUUGCCGAUGCAAGUACCAGAAAAAAGACGAUCUACCCGUCGUUCUGUUUCUACUGCCAGGUUUUGUGAAGACUUUCAGCCUAAGAAGAACCCAAAGCAGAGACGCAAAAGCACUUCAGUUGUUUCCAGUUCCAAACCCAAAAGAGCUGAUAUGAACAGUGAACAACCCACUAAUAUUCUAAUAGCUGCAAACAAGAAUCUGCAGGAGAAACACAACUCUCAAGUCUUGGAUCUCUUGAAUACAGGAUCAUUAAAACAACUACAGAGUCUGCCAUGUGUGGGUCCAAAGACAGCUCAGGUUCUCAUCACAUGGCGAGAGUUGCAAGGAUUGUUGGUAAGCCUCAAAGACCUGAAGAAAGUCCAAGGACUUCCUACAAAUUUUUAUCAUCGAUUUCUGAGAACAAACCUUUUGACUACAAGUCCAUAAACUUGCUCUCUGCUUUUACCUUCACCAUGUGUACAAAAAUGUUUUUCUUUUCUGUAUACUUGUAUAACUGCAAAAUGUUUCUAACAUUUGUAUUCAGUGAAUUUUAAUAUUAUGUUUUGUGUACAUAUUCUAACCCUCUGAGUAUCAAACACACUUAUGUAUUUGGCACCAAGUAUCUGAUGUUGGGGCUAUAAAACCAUCAGUAGGUUCAUGAACUCACUACAUAAUUCAUGGUUUAUCUUUCAACCAUCUACUUCAAAAUGUUUGUGUAGUCUACAAAAAUUGGACAGAGUUACUUCUUCACCAUUCUCCAGAUCAAUAGUAACAACCUGUUAAGUUCUCCUUCUAUCAUCAUCACAUAUAUUUUGGUGGAAAGUGAAUUUAAUUAGUUGAUAAUAGAAAACCAACUGCAAAUCCACCACUCAACAAAACUGCUUUAUACAUCUUAGGACAUGUUUUUUCUUUCUACUUUAACCGUACAAACUAAUUCAUCAGGAAGUGUAUAAAAAAUAAACUUCUCUAUUCUGACACUUUAUAUCUAUUCUACCAUACUCUUCAUGACUAAUGCUUUUCUCAGUUACAUGCCAUUUGAGUGAAUAUUUACAAAAUGUAAGUGCAUAUGAUGUUGAAAGGGCUGAGUGUGUGAUGUUUUUAUAAUGCCAACAUCACUUUUAUUGAAAUUAUGUUAUUGUCAUUAGUCAUAGCAUUUGUAUGGGCAAUGUAUUAUUACAGCAUUUAUAUUGUAAUGUCUUUUUUACAUCAUAAAAGAUAACAGCCACUACAA